GCAGUGAAUUAGUGAUGUUGUGUCACAUUCCAUGGCUACCUUCCACCAACAGCAGUGGUGUUGAGUGUCUUAUUGAAUGAUAAGUGGAAAAAAUAAUUCUGCUGUUCAUCUAAACUAACUAUGGACUCAAUAGAUAUACUUAAGGACAAAUUACAAUGUUCCUGUCUCUUCCCUCCUCCCAUCUGCUAAUCACAUCCAGCAAGAAUAACUAACCUGUUUCUCCUUAUGAAAAUGAGCAAGCAUACCAACUCUAGAUGCCACAAGAUGGUUGGUCAUGAUGCAGAAGGGCUGAAGAACUUCUGGGAGAAAGUUAUCCAAGAGCAAACAAAGCAACGAGAAGGAGAAGAGUCUAGGUUAAGCAAAAGCGCCCUGAACAAACUCCGCCACGAAUGGACUCUGCGGCUCGAAGGCCAAGCAAGACAGGUCCAGGCACACACGAAAAUGCAGAAAGAACAGAUGACACUGCUGCCCAUCGAUGCUCUUUCCUCACCAGUUAAAACUGUUGCUUAAAUUACUGUGAAAACACAGAAAGCGUUGGGCCUGAUUCUUACCUUCUGCAUGUACCUAUAAACCAGCAGUUACACUGCUGAACAAGCAAAAGGUCAGAAUCUAGUCAGAGGACUUACUAGAGCUACUAAUAAAGUCCUGCUGAAAUUCAGUGCAAGAAUAAGGCCACAGUACAUAAACUUAGAAAAAAUGCAAAGGCAUAGAUGAGAAACAGACACUUGGAUUCACCAUGAUAUACUGUUUCUGUGAUGCAGCAGGAUUUUCUUAGGCAACUCUGCAUUUCCAAGUGGCAACAACAUAUUUCUAGGAAAGAGGAUUGCUUGUUUAACAGGAAUAAUACAUUCAGAUGCCUGCAUGCAAAAUUGUACAUUUCCAUUUACAGAGCUCACGGUCUAGCUUAGCGCAGAAAUAAGCUGUUCUGCCUGGUUUGAUGAGCCACAGUGAAGGGAGUUAAGGAUUAAUCUGAUCAGCUGAACAGAAAGUGAAAUAUGUUCUUUAAUGGAAUUAGGAAAAAAGAAUGAACUUUUCUGAUCUACAUAUAAAUGAAUUUAAAACUCUAAAUGAACAGAGGAAAUGAUUUUGAUUUUCACUGGGUAGGUAAGAAGACUACUGAGGUUAUUAUGAACUCAUCUGGGAAAUGUCAGAGAAAGUGAGUAUGAAAGAGAGUUUGGAAUAGAAGGGCAACUAAUCAUUUCAUCAUAACAGCACAAGAAUGUUCUGCAAGGUAUCACUUGCCAUAUCUGGUGUGCAUUAAUCCAAACAAUUGUUGCAUUUCAUAUUCUUCCAGGUCACGUGAAAUACAAGGAGGAAUAACUAAAUAUAGCACAAUAAAAGUAUACUUGAUAACUCAUAUGUCUCUAAAAAAUAUCUAAAAAUAUAUAUUUUUUAUGCAAACAUUCACUUAAUCUCUUCAGUUAAUUUCUUUGAUAUGCAAGAGAAGAGUAAUAAGUCUAAACAACUACUUUUCUUUAACAACACUUAAUCAGAUGGAAUUUUACCUUACAUCUUUGUUUACACUGUAAAAGUAGAUAGGAACAUAUUAGAUAAAUUUCAAAAUAAAACAAAAAUUAAGCCAUUUUGAUCUCACAGAAAUGUUUUUUUUAUCCUUGCCAAACAACAAUUCAUUAAAACACACAAUUUUACAGAAUGUUCCCACUUUCAUGUUGUGACAUUCUCCCAUAGAAAAAAAAAGUUAUCAUAAAAAUGUUGUCAUUCCAGGAAAGAU